AUGGCAUCCCCGCAAGUCCACCACGAUUCCCUCAACGCGACGUUCACCGGUAUUGAAACGCAAUGCGAUGGUAGCUCUGUCAAUAAUUUCAGAGGUAUCAAGUAUGCUAGUAUCCCGGGGCGGUUUGAACGCGCACAGCCUGUAAAUGGCUUUGGUGGGCGCGUUGUCGAUAGCUCUCGGUUUGCGCCGCGAUGUCCCCAGGUUGAUAUCGAUGUUCGACACCUCCUGCGCAUUCCUGAAGACUUUGUGAUUGAGCAAGAGCCGGAAGAUGAAUUUGAGUGCUUGACUGUUGAUAUAACUUGCCCUCCUGAUUCCAAGAACAAGGGGAAUCUUCCUGUGCUGGUUUGGAUACAUGGGGGUUCACAAGUCGUGACAUUCUGCUCUGCGGCGUCGAAGAUCUGCGAUCCAACAAAGCUUGUUGCGGACUCCAUAAAAGCCGGCCAACCGUUCAUUUUUGUUGCGAUAAAUUACCGCCUCAAUAUCUUCAGUUUUGGUGAUGGUGGUGAGACAAACCUGGCUCUGAAGGAUCAGCGAUUAGGCCUUGACUGGGUUAAAAAGAACAUUAGCGGAUUUGGUGGGAACCCGGAUAAUAUUACUUUGUCUGGUGAAAGUGCAGGGGCUAUUUACGUUCAUGCUCACUUGAUCACUGGUCCACCUGUGAAGAGGGCAGUUCUCGCGUCGGGAUCAUUGUACUUGUCGUCACCUUUACCUGUUGAGCGAGGAAACGGACUUAUCAAAUCGCUGGAAGGAAAGGUCCAAGAAUAUGGCGAAUCAUCCCUCCGCAAAGCUUCGGUUCCGGCUCUCCUGCGGGCGCUGAAGGAAAGCAAUGUCAACGCCAUGUGGAUGCAGGAAGACGACGAACUGAAGGGCUGGGAGACGAGAAUCGAGCAGGCGGACGAGAUCAUGAUAGGCGAUACUGAGUAUGAGUCUGUUAUUUGGAGAAACGGAAUCGAAACCUUCGAUGGAGAUACUAUUGCCGCCGCUUUCGAACAAGAUAAAACAUGGGGUACAACCCUGCGGAAGAUGUACCAUGUCGUCCCUGAUCGCCCGACAGCCUGCAAACUCGGCGCAUUAGAUCUUGUGAACGACGCACGAUAUACUCUCCCUGUCGAAGUCAUCUCCGACAAGUUAAAGGCCGCUGGCAAGCGUGUUUACAAAUACGUCGUUGACCAGCCCAACCCAUGGCAAGCGUCCAGCCGUUCACACCACGCCGUCGAUCUACUCUUCUUGUUCGGAGGUCUAGAUCUAUCCUUCAAUCCUGUUGCGGAUGCGGUUGGUCAUGAAAUGAGAAGCCGCUGGAUACAAUUUGUAGCUGGCGAUAGCCCUUGGUCAAUUGAGAAGCGCUUUGCCUAUGGGCCUGUUGGCGAAUGCAAGGAGAUUUCUGAGGCCCAGUUUGCUGCACGACGCCGAGUUGAGCACCUCAAGACCUUGAAGGAGGCCGGUAUUGGGGUGUAUUUGCCAAUUGUCUUUGCCUUGACAGCAGGCAGGAUCAGUUUGCUAAAUUAG